AGAGAAUCAUAGAUUCCAAUCACCACAAAGCUGGUAAUGCCCUGCUCUAUCAAAGGAAUAACUAACACGGGAUACAUUCCUUUUUCACUUCUCUCUCUCUCUCUCUCUCUCUCUCUCUCUCUCUCUAGACACCUGAGAAGAAAGGGGAGAGAUAUACGCCUGAAAUGUAUAUUGUCCAAUCCGGAACAACAAAUUAUCUGCAAUAAUUUGAGCAAAAUCCCACAAGCCCAUCACGAUAUUUAUGGAAGAAAGCAAAGAGAACCCAGAAACAGAAACCCCAAAAGAAAUGGAAAAGCAAGAGGAUAGCGAUGAGCAAUCAUCGCCUAGAGGCGUAUUGGAAAUACCAGUUUCGGGUUCAGACUCUGAUAAUAGUAGUACUAUCAGCAGCAGUUGGGGCACCGCGAAAUCGGCGUCAUAUAGAGCUAUAUUUAAAGAAAGCCAUGUGUUGCAUUGGAGGAACUUGAUUGAACACAUAAAGUGGAAAAAAUCGAUGAGGCGAUUUUCAGCGAUACCUCUGUUACUCGGGAACGAGAUUUCGAAGAGGAAUUCGAGAAGGAAGUUGAUCAGGAAUCACAGCGCGGAUGAUGAGAUUGAUUGUGGGGAUGUGGUGGUCGCGCCGAAACCAUCGUGGAGGAAUUUUACUCAUGCGGAGCUCUCGGCUGCCACUGAUGAUUUCAGCCCUGAGAGGUUGAUUGGGAAAGGUGGUCAUGCUGAAGUGUACAAAGGGACCUUACCCGAUGGCCAAAUCGUUGCGGUCAAGCGAAUAACUAAGAAAGAAAAGAAGGAUGAGAACAAUAGAGUUGGCGAUUUCUUGACCGAGCUGGGGAUCAUCGCUCACAUCAACCACCCAAACGCUGCGAAACUGAUCGGUUUCAGCUCGGAUGGCGGUCUCCACCUCGUCCUCCAGUUUUCCACCCACGGCAGCCUAGCUUCCGUUCUGCACGGUGCAAAUGAGAGUGUUUUAGAUUGGAAGAUAAGGUUUAGAGUUGCUAUUGGGGUAGCUGAAGGACUUGGCUAUCUGCAUUGCGAUUGCCAGAGACGCAUAAUCCACAGGGACAUAACAGCCUCAAACAUACUACUCACAGAAGACUAUGAGCCUCAGAUUUCUGAUUUUGGGCUAGCAAAAUGGCUACCGGAAAAAUGGGUUCACCAUGUUGUCCAUCCGAUCGAGGGGACUUUCGGAUAUAUGGCUCCCGAGUAUUUCAUGCAUGGUGUUGUGGAUGAGAAGACUGAUGUGUUUGCAUUUGGGGUUUUGUUGUUGGAACUUAUAACCGGCCGGCGUGCUGUUGAUUCAUCUCGACAAAGCCUUGUGAUGUGGGCAAAACCUCUAUUGGAGAUGAACAACGUCAAGGACAUUGCGGAUCCCCGCUUGGGAGACGCUUACGACAUGGGGGAAAUGAAACGAGCCAUGUUGACAGCGUUGUCGUGCCUCCACCACUUACCAAACAUGCGUCCAAACAUGAUCCGGGUUGUGCAGCUAUUGAGAGGAGAGGGGGGACAAGUAGAGUUGAAGCAGAAGACAAUGGGAGGGAGAACAAUCAUAUUGGAUGCUUGUGAUUUGGAAGACUAUACAAAUACAACUUACCUCAAUGAUCUCAACCGCCACAUGCAACUUGUUUUGGAGUGACAAAAAUAGGGUUUCCCCCAUUUGUUACUUCUGCUGCUGUUGAUAGCUUUCUGUUGCUAUUUACAGUGGAGAAGUUUUUCUUUCUUUGAAAGAAAAAUAAAAAGAAGGGGGGUGCGGAAGUUGAGAAUGGGUGUAGCCUGAGUAGGGCUUUUGGUGAAAAUGGAAGUGAUAUUUUUCACCGACAAA